UCUGGAGAGAUCGAUCAUCUCUGAAGCAGAAUUUCGCUGCCUUUAAUUUGUUUGGAAACGAUGGGCAGAGGAAAGUACAAGAACAAGCCCACUGGUCAGCGCCAGUUCUCCAGUCGCGAAGAUCUUCACAUGCUCUAUCUGCUUCAUAUUUUCAUCAAGUUGAGGACAACUUAUAUAUCACCAAAAACUAGAGUUUUUGGGAGGGGUGAACUUGUUAUGGAUCCCAAAAAGAUUGCUAGAAGGUAUCUGAGAUCAGAUUUCUUCGUAGAUCUUAUAGCUACACUGCCUCUCCCUCAGAUUGUCAUAUGGUUCAUCAUACCUGCAUUUAAAAGCUCCAGUUCUGGCCAUACCCAUAAUGCCCCUGUACUGAUUAUUGUUCUGCUCCAAUAUGUUCCUAGAUUGUAUCUCAUUUUCCCACUAAGUUCUCAGAUCAUCAAAGCCAAUGGUGUGGUCACAAAGACAGCUUGGGCUGGGGCUGCAUAUAAUCUCAUACUCUACAGUCUACAUGUUAGCUAG